AUGAACAAGUUAGCGCAACGGCGCAACUUUUUCGAGCGCGGCGUCAACACGGUCAGGUGGGCGAGGUUGCGACACCGCCAUAGCUCCGUCUCGUUCGUGCUCUACUUCCUCUCACCGACCGUCCUCCGUCUCGCUCACACUCGCAAUAAAAGCAGACUAGAUAGCCAGGAAAACGAGCGGAGCCCUACGCGCACGAACGUCGCGCACCAAGCUGCGCGCUCGACUGAAGCUCAGCAGUCAGCGGCUCCACUCGAUCCAGUGGCCCGUCGACGCCGAAGUAAUCGAACCUGGAGAAUAGAACUAAGCGGCAACGCCGCACGAAAUAAUAGCGAGCGAAACGGACGUGAUACGAAAUGCCACGACCGACGAUUCACCACAAAGUACUACCAACAAAUAUACACGAUGUUGAUAAAAGUUUUUAUGUCUCAAAAAUCAGGGAUUACCAAAGAAAAGAAACAGUUCACCUGCCAUAACUACACUGGAGGUCAUUCAGAUCAAACAGUCAUAAUAAUAGCAGUACAGAGGAACCUUAUGCUCGUUGCGAGCGUGAUACAUCGCGCCGGCUUUCACCAGAGCGGGGCGAGGCACGGCCGCGCAGGACAUAUGCCAUUGGCCACCUCGGAGAUCGAUAGACAAACAGCGACGAGGACGCCGACCUACAUAGCAUAG